AUGGAAAAUAUAGCUCUUUCUGACUCUGCAGAUGAUUUGUCAUCGAAUAUAAGAUCAGUACCACAUGUCCAUGAUGAGCAACAAGUAACAAGUGAAUUGCAUGAUGCUGCUACAACAGAUGUAAAAAGUGUUUUGCCACAAGUCAAAUCAUUGUCUUUAUCUGAUACAAGUGGUACUUCUAUACAACCAUCAAAUAUCUUUAAAAGCGAAAACAAAACAAAUCCUCUGUUGUUUCAGCCGUCAUCAAUGAGUGGCUUGCCCAAUCCAUUAUUGUUCCAAUCCACAAGUUCACGAUUACCAUUAUCAACAGUUACAUUAACAUCGAAUGCAGGAAUCGCGAGUGGACCAAUUGGCGGACUGAACUUGUUUCAACCACCGACAACGGAAAUACCAACAAGGCCAUUGUCCACUGGUAAUUCAGCAUUUACACCUUUACAGCCAUCUUCAUCUGUUCAAUCUAAAUUUAAUAUUGGUGAUCAAAGCACUCUUCGCGCUCCAACUAUGCCAUCCACACUUCCGUUUAUUAGACCCAUACACCAAUCUGCAAAUACUAACAUGUUCCCACCAAUCUCAGCGCAGAAUACUUCGUCACUGAGUCAUUUAGAAACAACAUCUUCAGUGCAGCCAACUUUUAAGUCUGCAAUGCCAUUUUCUAACAAUGUAACAGCACUUCCGACAGCUAUGUCGUCUCCAUCCGUUGGUACGACAUUACCUCCACCAAGUACGAUGUCUACUGUUCCACUGAUGAAUCAACCUCCAGCGCCUGAAAACAACACUAAUAUUAUGACAUCUAUCAACACAACUGAAAGUGUUUUUUCGAUGCCAUCUCCAUCCGUGCCUACUUUCUCAUCAAUACCGACGGUUGGUAACUUAACAACACAAAUGCAGUCUCAUGCUCCUCCUCCACCACCGCAUUCAACCACCACAAUCGGAGCAUCUGUAAAUCCGUUUUCUGCUCGUGCAUCAUUAACGGAAAGAAUAUAUCCAAGCAUGACGGCACAUACUCAAAAUCAACAACAGCCAUGGUCCAAUCUUGCACCAUAUCAAUCACCACUACAGCAACAUUUUGUGCCUUCUCAGGUUAUUAAUACCAGUCCAAAUUCAGGGUAG